AUGGUGGACCGACGCCCGACCGUGCAGCCGGUGCCGGUGCCCCGAGCUCGCUCCAAGCGCCACGCGGACGACGUCAAGGUGCUCGUGUCGGUCAGCAGCAUUCGGUUGCGUCGUGGCAGCGAAACCAAAUACGAACUCUCGUUGUCCAAGCCGCCGCUUCCCGUACACGACCUUUCCACACCGCUCGGUCAUGUUUACAUGCGCCACCGCAAGCCGCACGAGAUCCAAGUCCACGCCACAGACGACGUCGACUUGCAGCGCGUCAAGCUCGAGCACCGCGUCAAGCGCACGAAGCACUGCGACACCCGGUAUAUGUCCUGUGCCGUGACCACCCUCACGGUCCAGAUCCUCCGAAAAGACUCUCUCUUUGUCUUUACCUUUGGCUCCAACUUGCACGGGCGACUCGGAACGGUGACGCCGAUCGCUGCGUGCACGCCGACGCCGCUUCGCUGCAAGUGGCUCUUCCCCGUUCAAAUCGCAUGUGGCCGCGAGCACUCGGCCAUUGUCGACAUCAACUCGCACCUCUACUGCUUUGGACGGGGCAAGGAAGGCCAACUGGGUCAGUCCCACGUCGACAACGUCCGAGUGCCGGCCAUCGUUGCUUCACUCGCGCAGCAUCAAGUCUUUCACGUCGCUUGUGGCGCCAACCACACGCUUUGCUCGGUCGACGGUGGCCGCGUGUUCGCGUGGGGUGAUAACACCUACGGCCAAUUGGGGGUCGGCUUCAAGGCCAAGCAGUACCACGUCCCGAUCCACGCCAAGCACCUUCCGUGCGCGGCGAGCUCGAUCGUGUGUGGCGGUGACCAGUCGUUUAUCAUCUCGCAGUUCCACCACGUGUAUGUGGCCGGGUGCAACCUCGCGGGGCAGCUCGGACUCGGCGACAUGGUCACUCGACGGCACUUUACACUCAACCCGCACCUGCAGCAUACCGAGCGCCUCGCCGCCGGCACCUACCACGCGAUCGCCUCGACGCCGACGCAGGUGCUGGUGUGGGGGAACGCCGCCAACGGACGGCUCGGUCUCUCAAAGCCUCGGACGGAUUUUAUCACGUCCCCGACACCGCUCGAG